GUUUUUACAAGAUUUUCUUUUAUUACUUGUAUUAUAAAUUAUUAUUUGAUAUGAUAGAAUUUUUAGUUUUAGCCUUGUUAGUCAUUUCAACAAGUUUAUAUCAUAUGCUUUUAAAUAUGGAAGGACAGUUUUAACAUAAUCUGCCAGGGUAGUCGCCAAUGGCAGCGUUAUAAACAUUAAAUUGACAAGAACGAUCGAUCUUCGUUCGUAGCAGGUUUUUUUCUUUACUUGCUUGCUUUAUAUAUAUAUAUAUAUAUAUAUAUAUAUAUAUAUAAGUUGAUAGAUACUAUAUUAUAACUACAUAGAAAAAGAAUUAUUUCUAUUAUUAUGACUUCUAUUAUCGCUCUUAUCGCAAUUGCUUUUAUCAAGUUAUAUUAAGAAUGGAAUGGUACUUUGAUUCUUGAUUUAUGCCAGAGAUAUUAUGGAUAAAAGUCAUAAAUUCAAGUUAUUUUUACUUAUCAACUUUGUUCAAUCUAUACAUUGCCUAACUGACGUUAAACGUCUAUGGCGACUGGGAAAUGGAAUUGUUGCAUCAGAAAAUCAAAUAGAAGAUUCCAAUACAGUCUUCCUUUUACAUAGAAACAUUUCAUUUCCUGGAAUGUUGGUGUCGGUUACAUCCUAUUUUAAGAACUAUAAUAAUUUUAGUAUACAAGUAUGGAGUCUAAACGACAAUAGUUUAAAGUAUACUUUAAAACAGGAGAAGAAUAUUGCACCUCAGAAAUCGAGGGAUGUCGAUACGAUUGCUUUAGAUUCAAAUGAUUGCUUAAAGAUUGAAAAAGGAAAUAGCCUAGCUAUCCUUAUUAAGGAGACUCCUAGCUCUAUUGUUUAUACUUAUAAUUUCUCAGCCCCGAAUAGUUUAACAUAUUCCAUUAAGGAUAAUUCUCCCUUAAUCCCUAACAAAACUGUUGAGUUUAAAAGGUUUAUAAUCCCUUUACAAUUUUCUAUCAUAUUUACUAUGCAAGUUGUUCCUAAUUGGACAAGUUUCUCUUGCGACGACUUGAAGAAUGAGGAGAGUACGUCGUCAGCAACAACAACAACAGCAUCUACAAAAUUCCCUUUUAAUCAGGAGACGACUGCCAGAAUAAAUUUAAAAGGAGACAAGGGCGAAAAGGGUGAAAGAGGUGUUAGGGGUAAACCCGGCGAAAAAGGCGAUAAAGGUUCUAAGGGGGAAGAAGGUCUAACUGGUCAGCAAGGUAUUAAAGGUGAUAAAGGUGAUAAGGGAGAUAAAGGUGAUAAAGGCGUUAAAGGUGAUAGAGGUGAUAAAGGAGAUCGUGGAAAACCUGGAAAGAGAGGUGAAAGAGGUCCGCCAGGUCCGCAAGCUUCCCCACCCAAUGUAACGAGUCCAUUAGUCGAUUCUGCUAAAUCGCAAACGAAACCCGAACAUGAUAAUCUGGCAAAGAACUCGAUUAUAAGCCUUCUACUUGUUUGGCAAAGUUUAUUAACAAUUACUUUGAUCGGUUAUUGCUGUGUAACCAUUUGUAGGAAAAAAGGAUCAAUAGGUUCAAGAGUUUGUCCGUCAACAUCAGUUGCAGAAAGAAAUUACUGUCAAGAAGAUAAUGGAAAAAGAUUCCCUAUCAGAUGGAACGCUGGUAUUCAUUCCUUCAAUAAUUCCAAGGUCAAGGUAACAUCUGAUGCUUAAUACUUGACUAUAUGAAUCAUCAUUUUCCUCUAGCAGCUGACAAUUAAUAAAUAAAAAAUUACAAAAGCGUCUCUUUAAUAUUUUUUCUUAUUCCAAAAUAAAUAGGCAGGGGGAAAGGGAAAGGGAAGAAAAGCUUCUCAUUUCUUUUCCUUCGUCCUAUAUCUAUAAUAGAAGCCGUUUCAAGUUGCCUUUCUGAUUUAAUGUAAUACCUUAAAUAA